UAGCAGCAUGUUUCCGGUGUUGGAUGGUAUCCGUAAUCGUUUCUGAUGGAAACGUUGUUGUUUGCGUCACUGAGCAGUGCACAAGAAAGUGCUAACCUCAUCCCCUCCAAUUUAAUUAAAAGAUGGAUUCCCCAACUGAGCACUCACAUGGUACACUCUCGCUUCUAGACAGGUAAAGAGAAUGUCAGCAAUCAGACAAUAAAAUGUCACUUAAGGCCCCAAAAAGGGUAGGGCCAGCUCUGACUGCAUGUGUGGAUAUGGGUGUGGGUUUGCAGACCUGCGAGCCACUGCAGCCCAUCAUGAUGAGGUCAGUGUGUGGCCCCCUUCCCCAUCAAAGUUGCACAUCCCUGCCCUAUAUGGAACGUUACUGUUAAAAUAACUGUGCUUACUGUUAUAUCUGUAUAAGUGACAGCAAACUCUGUAGGGAUAUGUAACAUCUAGACAUAAGUAAUAUAAUAACUACAGGUUCUACCAUGCCCACUGAAGGAAAACAGUACAAAGGCAGAUAUCUUUUCUUUUUUUAAAGUUGUUAAGCUUGGAGGUUUAGGUUUGCUUGUUAGACACUAUAAAUAAGCAGUAAAUAUUUCACUGAAAUAUAAAACGCACAACAGAAUAAACAAUCACCUUAAUGGAGGUCUGAGUCACUAUACUGGUUGCUCUCCCAAUGCCUCUCCAAACACAGCCAACUAAAACAGAAAUCCACUAUUGCAGUGGCAGCACAGAACAAUAGAACAUUUUUAAUAUGGUCACAUACAGUACCAGUCAAAAGUUUGGACACACCUACUCAGGGUUUUUGUUUAUUUAGUCUAUUUUCCACAUUGUAGAAUAAUAGUGAAGACAUCAAAACUAUGAAAUAACACAUAUGGAAUCUUGCAGUAACCAAAAAAGUGUUAAACAAAUCAAAAUAUAUUUUAGAUUUGAGAUUCUUCAAAGUAGCCACCCUUUGCCUUGAUGACAGCUUUGCACACUCUUGGCAUUCACUCAUCCAGCUUCAUGAGGUAGUCACCUGGAAUGCAUUUCCAUUAACAGGUGUGCCUUGUUAAAAGUGAAUUUGUGGAUUUUGUUUCCUUCUUGAUGCAUUUGAGCCAAUCAGUUGUGUUGUGACAAGGUAUGGAAGAUAUACAGAAGAUGGUAUUUUACCAAAUAGCACUAAGUCCAUAUUAUGGCAAGAACAGCUCAAAUAAGCAAAGAUAAAUGACAGUCCAUCGUUACUUUAGGACAUAAAGGUCAGUCAAUGUGGAACAUUUCAAGAACUUUAAGCGUUUCUUAAAGUGCAAUCGCAAAAACCAUCAAGCGCUAUGAUGAAACUGGCUCUCAUGAGGACCGCCACAGGAAUGGAAGACCCAGAGUUACCUCUGCUGCAGAGGAUAAGUUCAUUAGAGAGUUACCAGCCUCAGAAAUUGCAGCCCAAAUAAAUGCUUCACAGAGUUCAAAUAGCAGACACAUCAACUCUUCAGAGGAGACUGUGUGAAUCAGGUCUUCAUUUUUCAAAUUGCUGCAAAGAAACCACUACUAAAGGACACCAAUAAUAAGAAGAGACUUUCUUGGGCCAAGAAACACAAGCAAUGGACAUUAGAACGGUGGAAAUCUUCCCUUCGGUCUGAGGACUCCAAAUUUGAGAUGUUUGGUUCCAACUGCCAUGUAUUUUUGAGAUGCAGAGUAGGUGAAAGGAUGAUCUCUACAUGUGUUGUUCCCACCAUGAAGCAUGGAGGAGGAGGUGUGAUGGUGUUGGGGUGCUUUGCUGGUGACAGUGAUUGAUUUAGAAUUCAAGGCACACUUAACCUGCAUGGCUACCACAGCAUUACAUCCCAUCUGGUUUGCGCUUAGUGGGACUAUAAUUUGUUUUUCAACAGGACAAUGACCCAACACACCUCCAGGCUGUGUAAGGACCAUUUGACCAUGAAAGAGAGUGAUGGAGUGCUGCAUCAGAUGACCUGGCCUCCACAAUCACCCAACCCAUUCGAGAUGGUUUAGGAUGAGUUUUUUUUAAACCUUUAUUUAACUAGGCAAGUCAGUUAAGAACAAAUUCUUAUUUUCAAUGACAGCCUAGGAACAGUGGGUUAACUGCCUGUUCAGGGGCAGAAUGGCAGAUUUGUACCUUGUCAGCUCGGGGGUUUGAACUUGCAACCUUCCGGUUACUAGUCCAACGCUCUAACCACUAGGCUACUAGACUACACAGAGUAAAGUAAACGCAUCCAACAAGUGCUCAGCAUAUGUGGGAACUCCUUGGAAAAGCAUUCUAGGUGAAGCUGGUUGAGAGAAUGCCAAGAGUGUGCAAAGCUGUCAUCAAGGCAAAGGGUGGCUACUUUGAAGAAUCUCAAAUAUAUUUUGAUAUGUUUAACACUUGUUUGGUUACUACAUGAUUCCACAUAUUCCAUGUUUUAUAGUGUUGAUGUCUUCACCAUUAUUCAACUAUGUAGAAAAUAGUCGACCCUUGAAUGAGUAGGUGUGUCCAAACUUUUGACUGGUACUGUAUAUCAGCAUUGAUACAGAUAAUGUAACAAACAUACCUUCAGAGCACAUUUGACCUCACCCCAAACUCUUCUUCAAAAAGUCAGCAUGGUUCUCAAAAUGGUUGCCCUCAAACAUUAAUGUGCUCAGAACCAAUACAGUACAACAUCUCCAAAUUCUCUUCAGGAACAAAAAGCACUCUUGAACAAAUACCAAAAAUUGUGGAUAAAUUAGGAUAGUUCAGUUAAAAAUAAAUCAAAUAUCUUACAAUCUAUCAAAAAAGAAAUUCAUUAAACAAAAUCAACCUGCUUUUCUGUAAAAAAAAAAAAAUCCAAUCAGGUCCCUACACAGGCUAUAAAGACCCCUGUGAGGGCGGGACAUUUACUAGCGACAAUAGUCCUUGCAGUGCUUCUGCCAGGAAGUCUUGGAGCCCCAAAAACUUCUCGGCUGCAGAUAUAAUGAUGUCCAGCUUCUUGGACUUCUUAGACACUUAGUCACUGUGGCUAUAAAUGCCACAAAAAUCCACUUUCUUCACAAUGAGUGUAUCCAGAUCACUCAAUUGACUUAAAACACUAGCAACUGGUUGGAAUGCAUCCACCUCCAUAUCUUCAACACUGUGGCCUCUUGCUCCUUCAACUCUCUUCACUGCCUCCACAUAAGAGAUCUGCUGCCAGCCCUGAUUCUUGGCACCUCAACCUCUUUCACCCUUACAGGGCACUCAAGGAAGUCCAGAGAAUGAUCCCCACCACAGUUGCAACAUUUUCCAUUGACAGAUUGUUCAAUACUAUACUUCUCCCAUCUGCAAAGAUUUGACACAUAACCAUAUCCUUUACAAAUUCCACACUGUAAUGGUUUGACACAAAUGCUCUCACCAUGUACCUCACAUACUGUAUCCAAUCUUCACAUAUUCAGGUAGAGUCUCCUCAAACAACAAUAAUAUCGAUAGGCUUUUCUCCUUCCUUCCAUUUACCAUAUGGGUCAGGUGACGUGCACUGACCACUCUUGGGAUUUUCUCCUUCCUUCCAUUUACCAUAUGGGUCAGGUGACGUGCACUGACCACUCCUGGGAUUUUCUCCUUCCUUCCAUUUACCAUAUGGGUCAGGUGACGUGCACUGACCACUCCUGGGAUUUUCUGACUAAGAGCAUACCCCUGGGGCCACAAAGAGUGCCAUGGCAAAUGCUCACCUUUGAACCCACAAGUAUAGAUGAUAAUGAUGCCUCGGUGGCGAGAAGUGGGAUCAAGUGGAAGACGCAGUCCAAGGCGAAUCAUUUUGUCUCCCUAAAGGGCGGAUCCCUGACCAUCAACCAGGAUGGUUGUUACUUCCUGUAUCUUCAGGUGACUCUGGAGACACCAGAGGUGUCUGGACAGCACAUAGUGAGAGUGAACAAGCCCAACAGAGUCCUGCUGGAAGUAAGGAUGACCAACACCUCCCUCAGCACAGGGUUCCUGGGUAGGGCUGUGGAUCUAGCAGCCUCUGACACCCUCACAGUCACUGUCUCCCCUGGUGCCAGGAUCAACACCACCUACACCGCCACAUACCUGGGCAUCAUAGGUCCAAAAUGAUAUAUGUAGAUUCUAUUGGAUAUAGACACUCCUGUCUUCAUAGACACAUGCUGGGGGCUAGAUCUGGGAGUCAUUUGGUAGGGGUUGAUUGAAUAGAUCCUGGGGAUCUGGAGUUAACUGGGAUCAACCAAUCAUCCCACCACCUGUCAGAGAGAUGGAGUAGUGGGGAAGAUCAUGUGGGAGAAACUGAUUCAGUCGACUCCCUGCCCAUCACAGAAGAUUAUUCCACUCCUUUAUCCUCUACCUAGCCUUCCAACUGGUUUUGAGCUGCAAGGAUUUUCUUUCCAGAAUUCUACAGAUUGUUUUAUUUUAUUUUUAUUUAACCUAUAUUUAACUAGGCAAGUCAGUUAAGAACAAAUUCUUAUUUUCAAUGAGGGCCAACCAAAAUGCAAAAGGCCUCCUGCAGGGAAGGGGGAUUAAAAAUGUAACAUAAUAAUGCGUCUUGUAAUUUUGGAAAAAUAUGUUUAAAAGUAUUGGUCAUCAUGGGUUAUGGGUUGUACUGUUACUUUAGCAUGUUUCUCUCUUGGAUGAAGUAGCACUGUUUUUAUCGCUCAGGAUUAUAGUUAGUAUGUUUUUCCAGUACCGGUAAAUAUUGUUUUUUAAGCUAUGAACGAGGGGAUUGUUUUAUCAAGUCAUGUGCACAGGGUUGUUGAGAGAAUGCACAGUAUCAACAUAUCUUUAAUGAUUACUUUAGUACUGCUUUUAAAAUAUAUUUAUGUCUUAUUACAAUAUUAUCUUAUUAUUAUUUUCUUAUUUAUUUUCUAUAUCUAUUUUGAAGGACAUGUUGAGUAUGUUGUAGGAUGAGAUGUAGAGAUAAUCAAUGAAUGUAUGUCACUAACAAGGUUUCCAUUCAAUCGUUUUAUGUGAGUAAAGUACGUCAGGUAAAACAUUUAAUGACAGGCCUGAUGGAAACAGAAAAUGUUUCGGUAAACCUUCCAAAUGUAGACAAAUCAAAAUACGCUAUACAGUGUGGGAUCUUUUGUGUCGGUAAAAUUAGUUAUGCGAGAAAUGGCAGUGGAAACACCUUUAUGCGCAAAUAUUGAUGUAAUAACCAUUAUAUCGAAGUAAACUUGGAGUCACGCCAUGAUAAAUGGUGUGGUUCUCCCACUACGACUCGGGAAAGCAUGCAGUUCAUUAGGCUACAGAUUAAAUACAUUAUGAUGAAUUUCACAGGGUGGUGAAUGUGCAUGGUGAUGCUCCUUUCCAAUAAAUAUCGAGGGUCUUCUUCUGGUGACAUGAUGAUCGAUUCUUGGCUGCCUUUUGACAAAUACAAAUAAUAUUGCUCUUAUCCAAUAAUGUUGGUAGCCUACCUCACUGUAUCUGCGAGCUGUUGGCUAGAGCGCAUGUUCCAAGAUCAGAGUGCACAUUUCCUACUCCAUCAGUAGAGUUGAAAAUGCGAUGGA